AUGGGGUCGGGGCGCGGGGGGCGGCUGAGCGCGGUGGCCCUGCUGUGCGCGGCGGCGGUGCUGUGUCAGUGGGGCAGCGGCAGCGUCCUCCGCCGCCGCCUCCCCGCGGGGUUCGCGCAGCGGCGGCUGAGCGGCGGGGAGCGGCGGGACGUGCAGCGCGAGAUCCUGGCCGUGCUGGGGCUGCCGGGGCGGCCCCGACCGCGCGCCCCCGCCGCCUCCCGCGCCCCCGCCGCCGCCGCUCCGCUCUUCAUGCUCGAUCUGUACCACGCCGUGGCCGGAGAAGAGGAGGAGGAGGAGGAGGCGGUGUCGCGUCCGGUGCUCACCGGGCUCAGCACCCAGAGCCCUCCGCCGGGCAGCGUGGUCAGCCACGCUGACACCGUGGUCAGCCUCGUGAACAUGGUGGAGCAGGACCGGGACACCUCCUCCCCAAAGCCCUACUGGAAGGAGUUCCGCUUCGACCUGGCUCAGGUGCCCGCAGGGGAGUCGGUGACGGCCGCCGAGUUCCGCAUCUACAAAGCGCGGGGCGUCAGCCGGCACGGCAACAGCACCCUGCAUGUCAGCAUCUACGAGAUCGCCGCCGAGCGGGCCAACAGGGAGUCCAACCUGUUCCUGCUGGACGCCCAGCAGCUGCAUGCCGGCACCGAGGGCUGGCUGGUGUUCGACGUCACAGCCGCCAGCAGCCACUGGCUGGUGGAACGCAAGCACAACCUGGGCCUGCGGCUCUACGUGGAGACAGACAAUGGGCUCAGCGUGGAGCCGGGCUCGGUGGGGCUGUUGGGCCGCCGUGGGCCCCGCUCCAAGCAGCCCUUCAUGGUGACUUUCUUCCGGGCGAGCACCAGCCCCGUGCGAGCCACGCGAGCGGCCAAAGCACCGCGCAGGAGGCAGCCCAAGAAGAGCAACGACCUCCCACACCCCAACAGGCUGCCAGGAAUCUUUGAUGAUGUCCACUCUGCAGAUGGGCGGCAGGUCUGCCGGAGGCACGAGCUCUAUGUCAGCUUCCAGGACCUGGGCUGGUUGGACUGGGUGAUCGCCCCCCAGGGCUACUCAGCCUACUACUGCGAGGGGGAGUGCGCCUUCCCGCUGGACUCCUGCAUGAACGCCACCAACCACGCCAUCCUGCAGUCCUUGGUGCACCUGAUGAAGCCCGAGGCCGUGCCCAAGGCGUGCUGCGCGCCCACCAAGCUCAGUGCCACCUCCGUCCUCUACUACGACAGCAACAACAACGUGAUCCUCAAGAAGCACCGCAACAUGGUGGUGAAGUCCUGCGGCUGCCACUGAGCACCGGGGGGAAGAGGGGCA